AUGAGAGAAAAAGCUCGACAAUUCGCUAACGAUUUGGGUGUGUCUCAGUCUGACUUUGACUGUUCCGCAGGUUGGUUAGAACGGUUUAAGGUACGACAUGGCAUUGUGUUUAAACGCACGUGUGGUGAAUCUAACAGUGUGAAUCAUUCAACAGAAGCAAUGACAGAUUGGAAUUCGCGUCUGUCUACCAUUUUAAAGGAUUACAAUCCCAAUGACAUCUUUAACGCAGAUGAAACAGGACUGUUCUAUCGUCUGCAGCCAGAUAAGACCCUUGAAUUCAAACCCAAAGACUGUCACGGGGGCAAAUAA